AUGGAUGUCACCGCAGAAAACGAAGACUGUGCACAACAGAAGUCCAGAGACGUGACGGUGAAAUAUUCCGUCUUAACCCGAGCACGAGACAGGAUCCCAGUCUGCAAAUCCUCAUUCCUGAGCCUAUUCUGUGUGAAGAAAGACCGUCUGUGUAACAUUGCCAAGUUUUGGAAACAGAAUGGGGUGCCAAUGCCGGAGGGCCGUGGAGGAGCACGGAGGCCCGAAGAGAGGGCAGCUAAGAGAGAAGCCAUCAGAGAGCACAUCCAGACUUUCACCUGCAGAGCCAGUCAUCAUGCACGCAGAGGAGAAGAAAGUACCUUCCUGUUGAUCUGA